UAUCUAAUAAAAUUGUUUCAGCAUUUUAGCUUAUGGCUUCUGAUAGUUUUACAGAAGAGCUCGAUUUUGAAGAUGACACUCAGAAUGAACCUCAAAAUGAUGAUGAAUUCUAUUGUGCCAUUUGUUCUGACUGCUAUGACGAGGCAAAAGAAUUUAUUGACCACAUUCACUCCCCAGAUCAUGUGACACUUUGUAAUGAAAAACUUUCAUUACUUCAGGAAGGUGAUAAUUACUGUAGCAUAUGUCUAGUAAAAGCUGAACCAACUUUUGAAGAUCAUUGUUCUAAUUCUGAUCAUUGUCAGUUUUUUGACUCAAUGCGUAGAAGUACGCUUGAAACACCCUCACCCUCACUGAAAGUUGUUGAAGUUAGACUUCCACCUACGACAUCAGAUGUUCAACCCCUGCCUGUUAACAAACAACCUUCUAAAACUACCCCAUUGCGGAAGAAAGACAUUGCCAUCAAAAUGAUUGGCUUGAAUUACAUUAAAAGGAAAGAUAAUGAAUGGUUUUGUAAUAUUUGCCUUGAAAAGUUCAAGUCAGUUGAGACACAUUGCAGCAAGGCAAUGCAUGCAAUUCAAUGUAUAAAACUUUGUGAUCCUGACCUGGCAUAUGAAAUCAAAGUGUCUGCGACACAGAAAGGAAAAAAGAAAAUAGUGUCUUCUAUAAUAUCAUCAAAGGUAGAAGAAAUUUAUGAGAAAGAGAAAGACACUCCAGAAUACAUAAAAACAAUGAUGGAGCUUGAAGGUGUCAAGCAAACAGAUGCUGUAGUUAAAGAUGGUGAAGAGGACCUUGAUAGUAGCCCUCAUGUUAAUGCAUCAAAUGAAGAAGAGGAUAAAAGCAUAAUUCAGCCCGAAAUCAUAAAAGAAGAACCUGGCCCUGUUGAUCAAAUUGAUGACACAUCAACUCCGAGUAAUUCUCAGGACAUUGGAGAAAUGGUGUCCCUUUUUGAAGAAGAGGAUCGCUCAUUUAUCCCAAUGAAUGAUGAAAUCACUGAAAAUGAUUCAAAGUCGCUGGAAGAUGUUAAAUCAGAGGAAAAUAACCGUGCUCCAAGUAGAGAAGCCACAAUGAUUGUUGGGGCUACUCAUCUGAAACUUAAGGGCCGCUCCUACUACUGUGGAUUAUGUGAUAUUAUGUGUAAGACUUCUCUUGAAUCCUGCAAGCUUCACAUUACAAGCAGUCUUCAUAGAAGAAGAAUGAUUAACAAAUUUUCUUCCCACCCUAUUCCCAAUUACUUAGAGAAAUUAAGAACCAGGGAUGCAGCAUUGUACAACAAAUUGAUCAGGAGUGAAGCCAUGAAGAUAGAAGUAGAAGAAAGGAAAACUGAAAGUUCAGAUGAUCAACUCACACGUGCAGGAAUAUUGGGUAUUAAGAAAGUUGAGAUGUUACCUGAGCCUCUUUUAAACGUCUGGGAAACUCCUUCUUGUGAUAAAUCUCUCAACCUUAUGGAACUGGCCAAAAAGUGGGACAUAGAGAGUAAUGCAAACAUAUUCCAGAAGCCUGCCAGGGAAGCUCCCGUUACAGGUUCGAAUAAGUCCACCAUCAGUCCAAUUCAGCCUCAGAUCGAAAAUAUUCUAGUCGGAGUAAAAACCGUGACUCACGUUAAAAACACAAACUUCCACUGUGGGUUAUGUAACAUCAAGUUUGAUGUGAAGAACAAAAGGAACGAAAAACAUCAUGUCAAUGGCAGACUCCAUAAGAAGAAGGCCCUGGUAGCAGCCUAUGGUCAAGAUGUUGACCUUUAUCUUCAACAUCGUUCAAAGAAAGAUGGCUAUGAUGCCUUGAAUAGGAUUAUUAAUCAGGCUUGUGUGCCAUUGGAAAAAGAGGAAGUAGAAACAGAGCUUCCCUCUUCAAGGGAAAUCAGAGCUCGACUUUUAGGUGUUAAAGUUGAACAACUCCCUCUGCCAAUGAUAAUUAUGUUCAGUAACACAGAGGCUUUUGACAUAAAGAUGGCAAUAAGUGAAUGGAAGGGUGGUAAGAAAAAUUCCGGAAUUUCUUCUAAAGCUGAAGGUCCAACAGUAUCUUCCAUGGUCAAACAAUCUAAUAAAGACAAUAAGCCAAAAGCUACUGUAUCAGUAACAAAGUCAGAACCUGCUGUACCUGUUGUAGCAUCUGAUCAAGGUAUCUUGAAAAGUCACAUAGACCCUCAGGCAUUUGUUCAAAAAGAAGUCCCUUCGCAACUUCCAACGGAGACUGGCAAAAGUCCUGGUGCAAGGAAUAUCUUCGACCUCUGCAAACCAAUGGCGGACAUUUCGCCUGAUACGCCAGUUUUCAAAACUCCCAACUCGUCCACGCUGAUAAAGAAUAUCGACAUCGAUGGACUCAGAAAAUCACUAGUUGACGCAGAGUUGGGUGAGUUUGUUCCUGUUGCUAAAUCUAUUCCAGAGAAAGAUGCUGCCCCUAAAAACAAACGUAAACCAUCUUCAGAAGAACAAACCCCUAAAUCGAGUAUGUCUGCAGAAGAGAGAAAAAGACGCAAAUCAGGUGACAAUGUGUCAAUUGAAAAGAGGCCAGCUGAAAAUAUUAAAGGUGACAUAAAUGAAAGCACCCAGAAACAAUCCAACACACUUAUUAAUAAAGUUAGUUCGAUUGCACCGAUUGCAAAACAGGCCAGUAAUGGUGCAAGAAGGACUUACGAUCAAGUUAGCAAGGUUAAGAGCAGUUAUCAAAGUCCAAAGCCGACUAUUAUUAGAGCAAAGCCUCAGACACAGCAGACCAAUGCCACCUCUUCUGAUCGUCAAAAUCAUAUUCCUCAAGCUCAGAGCAGUCAGAGUAACCCUGGCAGUAGUCGGCCACAUCAACAAGGUAGCACUUGGAAUGGGCCACCUAGUAAAGGUGAUCACAGAAACCAGGCAAGAGGCAAUUCCAGCAACAACCAGUUCAGUCGUAAUGAGAGGAACAAUAAUGCAGUCAGAGACAAUAGUGCAGACAGAGGUAGCAAUAACUUGGGCAGAAAUAAUAAUUUCUCUAAUAACCGUGGCCGCAGUAACAAUUCUCGUCCUCAAUCCCAAGCAGGUGGAAUCCCAAAUACUGAUUACUCCAACAGAGGGAAUAGUGGAAACAGGGGUAAUAGCAGAGAGAAUUACUCACCACAGAAAAACCAGAGUGAUCCUGGAUCAAGAUUAGCAAAAACAUUUGAUAUUGACGUUGGAUCCAUGAGAAAUACGAAUUUGUCCUCUGCACUUGCCAAAGUCACCAACAUCACUCCAAUUAGCCAGGCAUGUUCUGCUAAAAUAAACGAAGCUGCUCAGAACAUUCGUUCAAACAGCCAGAGUAUAAAUUAUGCCAUUACAAAUGGUUUUCAAAACAACCCAACUCAGGGUGGGCCCAAUAUGACCCAGCAGAAUUUCCAUGGAAAUCAGUUUCAAGGUACUAACACCAGGCAGAGUAGUAACCAAGGUUUUGGUAACCAAGGUUUUGGUCAGGGGUCCAAUCAGUCAAAUGAUUUUGUGAAUCAAGGACACUCUCACAAUCAAGCUGGUGGCUUGGGGAGCCAACAAACCAACUGGAACAACAACAACAACAACCAGUACGGUGGUUUUGGAGGUAACCGAGGCGGUGGAAACAAUAGCUUUAGAGGUAAUCGAGGUGGUGGAAAUAACGAUUUUGGAAGAGGCAAUGGAAGUGGGAGGGGUCACUUCAAUCAAUCCAACGUAGUGACCGGCUCUGACAGAAGAAACGAUGUCCAGAACAAUAAUCCUGGUGGGGGAUUUAACUUUGCCAACAACCGCGGCGGUUUUAACAACAGUGGGAAAAGAAGCAACAACACUGUACAAGACUCCUUCGGCUAUGAUGACAGGCAGAAGCGACAGCGAAAUGAUCACUUUAACAGGUGAUAGCACUUUAGGACCAUGUCAUAUCUCAUGUAGACAUUUCAUUUUGUGAAUCAGAUUAAUGAACAAAAUGUUUCAUUAUUUUAGAUUGUUUUAAUUGAUUCGGGUACGGUGGAUGCUGAACACAUAGAUUUUAUUGUAAAGAUUUUUAACUCUUAUUGAACAGAUUCAACCUGAAAUUCAAUUUACAGUUUGCUGAGACCAUAUGGAUUAUAUUUUUGUGUGCAAUUAUGACCGAUAUCGUCAACAUCUUAAUGAUCGUGUCUGUAUUCGUUAGUGAUUAGUGAUUAGUGAUUAGUGAUUAGCGAUUGCUGUAUUAUGGAAGCGACAAGACUUGUAUUUAAACUAACUAUUUAAACCAUUUAAUAAUCUUUGCUGUUUGGCACCCGCUAGUGACCUAGUGUACGACUUAUCUACUUUAUUUUUUAGACUUUGUUAUAAAAUUAUUUAUCUUUUGGUUUCACUGAGCUUCUAAAUUAUAACUUUGUAGGU